AUGGAGCCUUCUAACAAGAAACGUCGUCUCGCUCCCAAGGUCGCCGAAAAACCACUUCACGAGCAGUCACCGCAGGUUCAGUACAACUACCAGCCUCUGCCACCCGUCCAAGAUGCCGUACCCCCUCCCGAGCGCACCGACUUCGAGUCCUUCGCCCGUCAUCUGCAAGACGCAGCGAUGCUCAUUUAUGCGCAAGCCAAUCGAUCAAUCUAUACAAGCGUCUCGGUCCUCCUCUUGCGAUGGGAAGAUGAUGUAAGUGUCGAGCCAGACCUGAUGGCCCUCCAGAAGGUCUUCCGUGAGCGAUUCAAUUACCGUACCGAGUCAUGGAGCAUACCCAGUUGCCCGAACCCAAUCUCCAAGCUCACCAUGCAAAUGGCACAACUCAUUGAACAUGCGAGACCGGAUCACCUUUUGAUCGUCUACUACGCUGGCUACGGCUUCGUUGGUUCUGAUCAUAAUUUAUACUGGGCUUGCAAUUCUCGAGAAGACUCUUCCAGACUCAAGUGGGAAGGCGUCAGAAUGCAGUUAGAGGAUGCCCAAUCCGACAUCUUGCUCCUUCUCGAUACCUGUGCUGUUGCCGACGCUCCAAGUGCUGGAAAGUACGGCACCAAGCAGGCCAUAGCCGCGUAUACUCCGGAUCAGCUUGCACGAGAUCCAGGCGUCCGAUCUUUUACCUCCAACUUGAUCGAAGCACUUAAUAAGCUAGCCAUGGGCCGUGCUUUCACUGUUCAGCGUCUUCAUGAGGAGAUCAUCGCCAUGCAACAUAGCAGAAUCUUCCAACAUCCUCUCACCAAUGGCGCCGCCAAAUCUGCUUCCGGUCAUGAGAGAAUGCCUGUAUGUUUCUCGUUAACACCUAGUUCAAUGCAGAGCAUCUCCCUCUCUCCUGUUGGGCAAUCUCCUCAUGUCCCCUCGCCACUGAGCUCCCCAGAAAACGAUCUCUCGAGGAACAAUUAUUACGACCACAACAUAAAGAUCAACCUGAAUUCAGAUCUAACGUUCGAUGAGCCUAGAGCUCUCGUAUGUACAACGUUUCUAGGUGAACCAAGCCAAGACAUGGCAUCUUUCAAGCAAUGGCUCCAACACACUCCUCAGGCAGCAUCAAGAAUUGCCGUUGAAGGCAUGUUCAAUGGCCCACCAACAGUCCUUCUGGUGUCGAUGCCUAUAGCCGUCUGGAAUGUGUUGGCUGCUGAUCGUACUUGCGCCUUCUUGGGAUACGUUAAUUCUCAUAACAUGACCACCGAGUAUCAUCAUCUCGUCAGUGGCAUCUCACCUCUGAGCAAGGCUGCAACUUUCAAAGAACUAGAAGAUGGAAAGAUCCUUCUCGAAGCUCGGCAAGCAGCAGCAUCAACUCCUGUAAUGAUCAGACGUGAGCCGUCUAUGCAACACGACCCCUCUAUGGUCAUGGCAAAUGCAGUCUCACAAGUCGUUUAUCAAGACCCUGGACCGUCUGGUGUUGCCGAUCAUAAAGAUGACGUGGAGGAUUCUGUUGAGAUGCACGAGGCUGCUGAACAACUGAAGGCAUUGAGCCAUGUCCGACAUGUCAGCCACGAUCCAGCUGCCAGUGAGCGGAAUCAUUCACAUAUUGCCUCCGAGGACUCUCCUGGAAUGCGAGAAGAGUCUGCCUCGUCACAAGAACCCGCAGACUCCGGUAACGAAGAUCAGAUGUAUAGCUCAGAAUACAAUUCCCCAGCCUCGCGGCCAAAGCCACGAAGAUCCAUCCAAAAGCAAGGUCCGAAACAAGAUACACGAUGCUCGUUAUGCAGUCACGCUCCCUUCAAGGACUCCUCCUCCCUCAGAAAGCACAUCGCUGCGGCCCAUACUCGGCCAUUCCCAUGCGCCUUCUCCUUCGCCGGCUGCACAAGUACGUUCGGCUCAAAGAACGAAUGGAAGCGUCAUAUUGCAUCACAACAUCUCUGCCUCACAUUCUACCGCUGUUCGUCAUGUCCACAAAGCACAGUCGAAGGCAAAGGCAACGAGUUCAACCGUAAGGAUCUCUUCACACAACAUCUCCGCCGUAUGCACGCCCCUUUCGCCAUCAAGAAGGCCAUUGCGAAGGGUGAUAGCAAACUCCAACUAGAGUGGGAGACUCAUGUCAAAGAAAUGCAAGCCUCGUGUCUAGUCCACCGACGCCAACCGCCUCAACGAUCCGCAUGCCCAAAGCCGGAUUGUUCCAACGUCUUCGAGGGUGCAGGCAGCUGGGAUGACUGGACAGAACACGUUGGUCGACAUAUGGAGAAGGGCGAAGCUGGUAGACUCGGUGUCGACAAAAUGCUCGCUCGGUGGGCCCUCGAGGAAGGAAUCAUCGAGCGCAGAGGCGACGGCGAGUACAGAUUGAUUGGCACGGAGCGCGAAGGCGGUGCUGGCGCCGGUUACUACAGUGACGGCAAUGGCGGUGUUCAGAAGAAGGAAAACGCUGCAAAAGGAGAAGGCGAUUCGAUGCUGAUUGACAACUGA